AGUCCGGUCGGCAAAAAUUGGGUGUAUGUAGAAAAGUUAUUGGAAAUUUCAUGUCCAAGAGCAAAUCGAAGGAUCCGUGUAAGCCAGCAGCUUGUCGUAUACAGACUUGUUUGAAAGAAAACAGCUUCGACGAGGUAAAGUGCUACGAUGUCAUCGACGAAAUGCGCCAGUGCUGUCUGAAGUGGCACAGAGUGUCGCUUUGCUGUUCCGGAAUACAACUGGACUGAGACUAUAAAGCGGAAAAGGAAGUGGC